GAAGGCCCCGGUGACGACGAGUGUCAUUGUGAACAAGUCUGGGCCCCCGAUGAUCUGUGCUUCUCAGACACUGUCUGGCUUCACCCUUAGUUGCGCCGUCUGCUCCUGGGGGUGCGUGACAGCAACAGCACCGAUUGCUGUCAGUGCUGCAGCCAGUUGCUCAGCUAUGUUGGUUUUCCUUGCAGUGCUGAGAGCGAGGGCCCUGGGGAGUGCUAUGUGUGCUGAGCCUGCUCACUGGUUGAGCAAGGAGCCUGCGGUCACUCGCUGCUCCUCCCAGUCUCUCGCUGCUCCUGAUCAGGUGACUGCUGAUUGCAGGGGGGGGGGGCUCUCCGGUCACCACGACUGUCCACAAACACGGAGGCACCGGCGUUCCCAGGGAUUAUGUUAAUGAGCUGCAUUCUCAUGUCAGCCUGAGGUACUUGUGCGGGGAGACGACGAGGAGGAGGAGGAGGACUUGCUGUCAGGAUCUGAGUGCGUGCCUGCCCGCCCGCAGAGUGUAAAUAUAGAUCCGUGCGCGGAGGGAGGCGCUGGCUGCUAUCAGCUCACCGGCAGUGGUUGACCCUGGGAGCGGCUCAUCUGACAAGCCUGACCUGUGCACCGGGAACAAGGAAGGAAGGGGGAGGAGGUGCUGCUACCGGUGAGCUGGCUGCUGGGCAACGAUGGAGGUUGUGUGGAGAUGGUAGCACACACACUGAGCACGUGGCGAAGAGACCAACAAGCGGAGACUAAGCAGAAAAAUCGCAGAGCCAAUGUGUUGCAAGACUCGCCCUCAGAAUGGCUUCCAAUUUCAAUGACAUUGUGAAACAGGGGUAUGUGAGGAUGAGGAGCAGAAAGCUGGGGAUCUACCGAAGAUGCUGGCUCGUCUUCAAGAAAUCUUCCAGCAAAGGACCCCGGAGAUUGGAGAAGUAUUCAGAUGAGAAAUCAGCCAACCUCAAAGGGACUCCCAAGGUGACGGAGAUGAGCAGUGUGAAGACGGUUGUCCGUUUACCGAAGGACACCAAGCGCCAGGCGGUCGCUCUCACCUUCAACGACAACAGCUCCCGCACCUUCACUUGUGACUCAGAGCUCGAUGCUGAGGAGUGGUACAAAAUCCUUUCUAUUGAAUGCCUGGGGGCCCGACUAAAUAACAUCAGCCUCGGAGAACCAGAUCUGCUGGCUGCCGGCGUUGUAUGUGAACAGAAGGAGCGUUUUAAUGUCUACCUCAUCCCGUGCCCGACACUGGACAUUUAUGGCGAGUGUAUGAUGCAGAUCACCACUGACAAUAUCUAUCUCUGGGACAUCCAUAACACCCGCACCAGGCUGCUCACCUGGCCUCUCAGCUCCCUACGGAGGUACGGACGGGACACCACUCGCUUCACCUUUGAGACUGGACGGCUAACGCCUGGCACUGUCUGCAGGUUGUGUGACACAGGCGAGGGGGUCUUCACCUUUCAGACUCGCGAGGGGGAGGAGAUUUACCAGCGAGUUCACACAGCAACCCUGUCGAUAGCUGAGAGACACAAGCACGCGCUAAGGGAGGUGGAGAACAACGUGCGGCUGUUAAACAGAUCGGCGGAACCGGAGCACUUUUCCUGCCCCCCGAGCACAAUUCUCCCUCGAAGCGCCUUCUGGCAUCACAUCGCAAGCUCCCAGCUUGCUGCGGAGGUGGAGCACAGCAACCCAGCGCUGUACUGUUCAGACCCGGCGGGAGGCGAGGCAGACUCCGUGCAAGCGAGUUCUCUGAAGCGAGACUGCCGGUCUUCUGCGCACUUUUCUGCUCAAUGAUAGCGGCGGAGCCGGCGAGGGGCGAUAGACGCAGCUCUCGGGAGACUGGGUUAAAGCACCUUCAGACCAGAGACGGCAAACGAAUAGCGGGAGCCGGCCCCUACCAAAGGGAAGGCGGGGACAGAAGCAUGACACCCGAGCAAGGGCUGCAGCGGUAAUGUCUCCACAUGGGCUGACGGGGGCGCCGUGGGACAGCAUUGCUGUAAACAGACUGCUACGACCUGGGUACAACAGAGCAAAAAACAGUGCUGGAGGAACUCAGCGGGUAAGACAACACUGUGGAGGGAAUGGACAGUCGAUGUUUCGGGUCCGAACGCUUCAUUAAUCCGGGUCACCGUCAACUAUGUUCUUCGUGCACCGAUUUGUUUGGUGUGAGACUGAAACUUUUUCUUGGACAGAUAUUGGAAUCACAAGUUGCCGUCUGUCUUGUUGAGUUCCUCCAGCUUUCUAUCUACUGCAGAUGCUGGAGUAAGAUUUGCCCGUUGACUGGUAUCGGACGGCACCCACAGACUGGCUGCGUGCGCUCUCUUCUGUACCCCGUGUUGAAUGUGAAGGGUCCAAACAAACACUGCCUUAACUCCACGUUCAUUGCAGUCCGCUGCCUCGGUUCCACUCUCCAGGCCGGCGGGACCCGCGCAUCUCCCCGCCAGGGCCGGAACAGGACCGAGUGCCCGGCACCGACGCCUUGGUCCGGGCCGACACCAACAAGUUAGUGCGGGCCCAGUUGUAGAGGGACCAGGAAGCACAUUGACAAUUUCGGAACAGAGGGAAUUCUCAUCCCUGUGCCCAUCCCAUGCUUUCCGCGGCUUCCUCCAACCAGGGGCUCCAGAGAAGGAAACAGACUGACAGCAAGCACACUCAAGACCGAUACUCCAGGCAGGGUUUGGUGGGUGGUAGGGGAGAGGUUCAGCUGGCGCAAAUUUGUUUAAGUGUGGUUGAAGCGUGUCCCCAUGCAUCCGAUCCCGGCCGCCUUGCAUCUUAUCCACUAUUCAUUAGACGCAUGAACACGCUCCACGUCGAUGCGCUGCCUCUUGCAUGUAUCCCCAAAGAACAGCUUCCCAAUAGAGUGCAAAAAUAAAUCAGUGUUCUCACCAAAA